CCUAAACCCGGAACCAACCCAUACAGUCGCUGGGUCAUCAUUCCAGGACCCUCAUCCACCAAUUGGAUUUUAGUUUUGCUCGGGUUUCGGGUUGGGUGGCACGGGUGGGUCGGGUUCCGGGUCACUUUGUUCACCCUGUACUAGUUCCAGUCUUCGAGAAGCUAAAUCCGGAGACGGUAUCCUUGUUCCAGCAUUACCGUGGACUCCUUCGUCAGCUUAGCAACUAGUCCAAGUUGAUCGCUGCAGCUUCUCGCCCCUUUCUUUCCUUCCGUUCAAUUCUAUAUCUUGAAUCAUCCCAAACUCCAAGCAGCCACACUCUUCAAAAGGAAAGAAUAGCUCGCAAGCUGAGAUCACAAUCGAAAUUAUACAUCAUCAUCCUCCAAGCAGCCACACUGCUCCAACUGCAGGUACCUGUAUCUUUCUGUCUUUCAAAGAUUCAGUUCUCUUAGCUUCGUUGCAACGGCUGCUUAAUUUCAAUUGCGGCGGCCUUUCAGGUUUUUGAUUCGUGAUUUACCCUUCGGUGCUUAGUAACUUCGAAUCAUCCAUCCGUCGGCCGCGAGAAAUGGAAUCCGUCCUCGCUUCUUCCGCGCCGCCGUCUGGUCUUCCAGCCGGGGAGUACGAGGUUUUCUUGAGCUUUAGGGGCCCCGACGUUCGCAAUACGUUUGCCGAUCAUCUCUACACCUCCCUGUCGCGUGCCAAAAUUCGCACGUUUAGGGACGAGGAAGAGCUUCGGAAGGGAGACGGGAUUGCACCUUCCCUAAUCCGUGCCAUCCCGGAGUCCAAGAUUUACAUCCCUAUCUUAACCAAACAGUAUGCUUCCAGCAAAUGGUGCCUUCAAGAAUUGGCUCAGAUGGUGGAAUGCUGGAAUCAAAACAAGGGACACCUCAUCCUCCCCAUUUUCUACUUUGUAGACCCUAGAGAUGUGAGGCAUCAACUUGGUCCUUAUCAAGAAGCCUUUCAACAGCACACCCAGAAACAUAGUCCUGAAACUGUGGAAAAAUGGAAGGAAGCACUUCAAGAGAUUGGGCAAAUGAAAGGAUGGCAUGUCACUGAAUCCGACAGUCAGGGAGCUCUAAUAGAGCAAAUCCUUUCUGAAGUUGAGCUGCAUUUAAAGAGCAUUUACACAUUAGUGACUGAUGAGUUGGUGGGAAUCGAUAGUCGUGUAGAAGGAGUGGUGACAUUAUUGAAUUUGCCCUCCUCCGAAGGGAAAGUCAUUGGCAUUUAUGGCAUGGGUGGUCUAGGUAAAACUACACUGUCCAAAGCUGUCUAUAACAAGAUUUACACUCAAUUUGAUCGUUGUUGUUUCUUGGACAAUGUACGGGAAACGUUGACAAAGAGUGAAGGAGCUCUAUGUUUGCAAAAUAAGCUCAUCUCUUGCAUUUUGAAGAAGGAUAAUUAUCAAGUCAGCAAUGUUAGUGAAGGAAUCAACAUGAUAAAGGAAAGGGUUUGCAAGCAUAAGGUGCUUGUUGUUAUUGAUGAUAUAGAUGACAAGUUUGAAUUUGAUAAGAUUCUAGGAAAGUUAGGUGAUUUUUCGUUAGAUAGUAGAUUUAUGUUUACAACAAGAUAUAAAAGAGCUUUAGAUUUUUUUCCAGAAUGUAAAUUAUAUGAACCAGAAGAAAUGAGUCAUCCUCUUUCCCUGCAACUUUUUAGCAAACAUGCUUUUGGGAUGGACAAUCCUCCAGAGAAAGAUGCAUCUAUAUCUGAGGAAUUCGUAAAAGUUGCUGCUGGACUUCCAUUAGCUCUCAAGGUGAUAGGCUCACUAUUGUUUCGUAGAGAGAGGAAAUUUUGGGAAGAAAAGUUGAUGGAGUUACAAGGGAUUCCUUCUACUACUGAGAAUAAGGUGCAGGAGAGAUUGAAGAUUAGCUACAACGAGUUGACGCACAAUGAAAAGCAAAUCUUCCUUGACAUUGCUUGUUUUUUUAUCGGCAGCCAUAUAGAUUUACCGUAUUACAUGUGGAGUGGUUGUGAUUUUUAUCCAGAAAGCGGGAUCGACACACUUAUCCACAGAUCCUUGAUAAAACUUGAUGGUGGAAAUCAUUUUUGGAUGCACGAUCACAUCAAAGAUCUUGGGAGAGCCAUUGUUAAAGAGGAAGAUAUUCAUCAUCCAUACAACCGUAGCAGGAUAUGGUCUAUCGAUGAUGCCCUGAACAUGUUUAGAAAUGGAAGGGGAAGCGAACAAGUGGAAGUUCUUAGGCUGGAUAUGAAUUCUAGGGAUGUUCAUGAAAAGCUGCUUAAAAGCAAGGACUUUAAGAACUUAUCAGGUUUAAGAUAUCUGGAGGUGGGAUAUGGAAGUGUGAUAGGAGAUUUCAGCCAGGUUCUUCCAAAUCUAUGUUGCCUUCGACUGUUACAUUGUGAAUCAAUCCCAACUGAUAUUUACACAAAGAAAUUGACAGUUCUUGAUUUGGAGGAAUGUGAUGUGAAAGAUAACUGGAAGGGUUGGAACCGAAUAAAGGCAGCAGCAAAGCUGAAAGCUGUAAAUUUACCCAGGUGCUCUCAGCUGACAAGAGCUCCUGACUUGUCCCCAUGCGCAAGUCUAGAGUUGAUAAACUUCGAGGAAAGUGGCAGAAUGGAAGGACAACUGCACAUUGGCAAUUUCAAGAAUCUGAAAACGUUGAGGCUCCGUUGGACCAAAAUAACAGGGUUAAUCAUUAGGGGUAAUGACAUGGGAAAGCUUCAACGACUGGAGGAGAUGGACUUGAGGUUUACCCUUAUGACAGAAUUGCCUGCUGGGAUGGAUAAGAUAUCCUCUCUCAAAAUCCUGUUGUUAGAGUCACGAUACCGGGGACACCAGAUUGAGAUACCCAGACUACCGAGGAGUUUGAAGAGGUUAACCAUCUCAUCUUCUAAUGGGGUUCCAAACCUGCUAGAGCUCACGUCGUUGGAGUCCCUAAGCUACCUUAGUGGUAGUAUUCCUUCGAUUCCUAGACACAUAUUUGCUGUGAUCAGCUUCGACGAAUUGAAUCUGAUUUAUGAGAAGUAUUCUGGGCCCUUGAGUGAACUCCCGAGCAUCGCUAAUCUGCGCAACCUGACCCAACUCACGCUCAUGCAUAUCGGGGUGGUCGAGAUUCGGGGCCUUGGAGAGCUGAGGGCAUUGAAAACUAUGGAGAUAUCCAAUUUCCCAAAUUUGAAGAAUCUCAAUGGACUUGAGAACCUGCUCCUCCUCACGACCUUGUCCGUGGGGAGCUGCACUGUGCUGCAGAGGCUGCCGAGUUUGGCAAAUUUGAUGAAGUUGAAGGAUUUGGAGGUUUGCCAGUGUCCGAUUCUCGUACAAAUCCAAGGCAUUGGUGAGAUUGGGGAAUCUUUAUCUCGUCUGACAAUUAACAGCUGUUACAGGUUGGCAAACUUAGAUGGACUACUUCAACUUCUGGGAGGAUUGGAGGAUUUGACUCUUAACCAACAAUCAUUUGGCGGGAAACCAUCUCCUGACCUAUCUGGUCUUAUUAAUCUGAAACGAUUGAGCAUUUUAUACUCCCCCCACUUGACUGAGUUAACCGGGUUGGAGAGGUUGGUGUCGCUAGAAUUACUGAGUUUGGAGGGUUGCACUUCGAUUCGACAUCUACCUGAUGUGUCUGGGCUGAGCAAUCUCAAGACAUUAGACCUCACAUUUUGCGAAAGCUUGAUCGAUCCCCCCACGGGUAUAGAAGGAUUGGACUCAUUGCAACAGCUACUGAUGCCUAAUUGUAGGUCCAUUACGAGGCUGCUAAACUUAUAUGGCCUCAAGAGUUUGGAGACAUUGGACCUUAACUCUUGCAUAGCAUUGACUGAGGUCAAGGGGGUGGAGGGAUUGGCAUCGUUAACAUCGCUGCGGAUGUGUGGUUGCUCGUCAAUAAAGGAGUUGGGAAAUCUGUCUGGUCUUAAGAAAUUGAAGCAACUUGAUAUUGAGGGAUGCACAAAAUUGACCAAGGUGAAUGGACUCGAGGAGCUGGAUGGGUUACAGAUCCUGGACAUGGAGAAAAGGAUGAGAGUGAAGUAUUUGGCGAAGUCGGCUGCUAGAUAUGGCAAGGGACUAGCUUCACGGUUCAUUUUGGGGUUUGCAGGAGCUGCUGAUGGCAGUAGUCCUACCUAGCCACCCGUCUCUCUGUAUUCUGUUCUAUUUUGGUUUGACAAUUGCUUUAACAUAAUAUGAGAAAAAUUGCUGUGAGUUUCCAUGGAUUAUUUCAUGGUGAUCCAUGAAAAGCACAGAGCACAUGAGAAAAGGAACUCCGGAUAAGAAGUUGCCAGACCAAAGGCGUAUUGGGGUUUCAUUGCCGAAGGGUUCAACAUUGGGAAUGAGCAGCUCAUGGCUUAUUCUUUUGUUUCUUGUGGAACUUUGUAAGAACCGCUCACUUGCUUGACAAAGAAUUUGCUAUGGUAUUUAGUUCUUACCUUCCCAUUAGCUUUUACAAUCCAGAUGGCUAAUCUGUUUACUCACUUCGUGUGCAUACUUUUGGUUUUAUUUUUCUGAUCACGUAUAUUACUGUAUACUUUUGGUUUUGCUGCCAUGGAUUUCAAACUUUUGAAGAUGUUGAAUAAUAAUUAUUAUUAGCCCCUGUGCACCUUGCUUUUUCCGUUUGAGAUUGCUUCCUUUCUCCGUCAUUUCCUUCUCUUUUCCGCACUUCCCCUCCAAUGAUGUGACUGGCGGCUGGGCAAGAGCCGGAGGAGUCCCCAAACUCACCUUUGGAGCCCCACGCCUGUGCAUGACUGCUCUUCUUUUGCGAUUCACUGACUUCACAAUAGCUAGCCUCUGACUCCUAAAGAUACUCCCUCCAUCUAAUGCAAAUUCAUGCUGUCGAUUUGGUUCCUCUGAAGGCCUAGCUGCAGCGGGCAUCUGGAUAUCGAUUGGGCUCCUCAAAAGCUCAUAAUCAACAAUCUGAUUGGGCCCAAGGGUACCAAUACAAUAUCGUUUUGAAGAGAUUGCAGAAGAAAGACAGCUCCUACAAGGGUAAACAAAUUCUUUCUUAUGUGCUUUUUCUGUAGCUCCUAAGCAGUUGCUGGAGAGUUUUAGUUGUUGAUUUAUUAAAUUGCCGGAUCAAGUGUUGUCAUCAAGUACAUUUGAAUCUUUAGCUCUAGCCUGAGAUGAUGAAGCUUACGCAAGUUGACUUGAGAAUCCUAUUUUAACUGUGGGAUUUCUCAUUCUCCUGAUUUGAACAGCUCCAAGGCAAUGGUAUUAACUAUUUAUUUAGUAUAGCUUCUCAAUUCUGUUAUGAAUUGUCUUAUUCAUUGCAUGACUUAGCCUCUUAUAAUAGCUAUCACAUGGUCAUCCUCUUACACUCUGUUAAUAAAUUACGUAAUAAAUCCGUAUGCUAUUUGGAUUAGCAUUACAUUAUGAGUUUACGAUUGAUUUUCAAUCUCUUAUUUUCAUCUAUGGUUCAGUAUUUCUACAACCACGGACGUAUUUUCUUCUUUGAAUCUACUCGUAUUCUUUUGCAUGUUAAUCGAAUAUAUGUAAUUUUAUCAGUAUGACUACCAUGUUUCUGUCCAACUCUUUUAUUAACUAUUGAAACUCGUGUUUAGAAAAAAACAAAGACAAACCAAGUGAUCAUCUUGAUUGUCAAGCUAUGACAAAAGAAGAUCGCUCCCACUGAAAAUUGCUGGGGAUUGACUUUUAUAGAUUGACUGAUGCUUUUUGUAGGCGUCCAACCAAAGCGAUGAGGAAAAUCUCCAACUAGAGGAGGCUGAGGUACUAAGUUUCAAGACAGAAAGUCACCACUCAAUAUCAAUGGAAGACAGAGAUAAUAAGACUCUGGAAGAGAUACAUCAAUCAAUGGCAGGAUUUGGUCUUUAAGAAGUGGAUGGAGUUGCGAGUUCACCUAAAAAUUGUCAAGGUACUUGUAUUCUUGCCCUUAAAAUCUAGAAUGAUCUUUUUGAUUAAUCUAGAAGAAUUUUGUGUCACCUGCAUCCUCAAUUGGAAGAGACACCUUAAUCCUUCCCAUAAGACGAAGAACAAAGAUUUGAAGGUAUUAUCACAGGAAUGACUUUUCAUGUCUCAGGGAGUCAAUUCAAGCCCGAUAAGGUCUUUCUGUAUGUUGAUUCAACCCCUCAUUUUGAGGACAUGAGUUCCUCUUCUCUGUUGGCAGCAAUUAUCCAGGGCUCCUUCUUAACUUCCAGAUUUGGCUUUAAUCUCUAUGAAUUUGCUUAUAUAACUUUGUUUUAUGUUGUCCACAUUCCAUUAGUUAAACUUGACCUCUCAGAUCAGUGUGCAAAAACAUGGUCAUAAUUUCGUUGUUUUACUAAAAUUUUGCCAUUCUUUCGUUUCAAAAGUAACUGAGUUUGUUCUAGUCUUAUUGAUUUGUAGCUUGGUGUAUGUGUUGUCAUAAUCAUUCUCACUAACACACUAUUUAGGAGUUUAAGUAGUGGUUAAUGUUGUAUUUUUCUACCAUAAGUCUGGGUGGUUUAAGUUAAUCUCUCAAUAUUCUUCAGUACGAACGAUAGAGAAGAGGAGAAUGAGCAACGAAAUGCCAAGACACAUAGCGUGCACAAUACAUUCAUUAUGUGGAUCUGGAAGUAAUUGCAAAAGUGGAAGUGCGAAUUCCUGAAAACAUCAUACCUGAGUUUGUGAUUGAACUAGCGAUUUUAGCUUCCUCGAGUUCAAUUUAUGAUUGUUUGAGCCACUGUGCUCUUAUCUCUCUUAGCAAAACCUCAUCACCAUCUUAUGUUAGUUUUUCCCCUUAUGUUCUUGAUUUGAUAAUGAUUACCGCAGCAGGAAAGACAGUUUGGAUCUUGUUAUUGUGGUGUUUAAUAAGCUUGACAAAGUGAU